AUGCCUCUUUGUUGCAGACUUGUCUCCGCCCCGAUAUCACUUCAUUGGUUAUGGUCUCCAGAAGACAAUCGCUUUGGUGCUACCACUUUCUCACAGCAGGAACGAGACCUGCGAACGGAAUUUGUCGCGCGAAAAUCUAUGGAAAUGUGCCACGAUUGGUACGAUGAAGAUGGUGCUCUGUUCAAUUUCAUUCGUGAUACAGAGACAAAUUCAAGCUGUCCAUGUAUAGAAACACAAGCGCGUCUAGACCUUGGACGCUUUAUGCCACAUCCGAGAUGUUCACAGACUUUCCGUGAUAUUACGUGCACUACUGUGAUUGGUUCUAAGAAUUGCUAUAUGUCUGCACAAAACAUCUACGGUUCUUAUGCUGGCAAAGGAACUACGUUUGACAACAUGGACACAACGCGGUUUAUGACUCAUUAUGGGCAAGUCUGCUGCUAUGAUGAAUCCGGAUUCCUAAUGCAAACCCCAUAUCAGCCAGUAAUCAAAACCCAGAAAGAAUACUUCUACAAUCCUGGCUAUCCACUAAGAGCAUAUGAAUUUGGGACACCACCCUACAUGGGACAGUUUGAGGUUCCUGGAUUGUCAGUGUUCCACAAUGACUACAUGCCCUACUUUUUGUGCUGUAAAUUUGCCGAUUUCCGUUGUCAAAUGUUCUACUGGCGACGACCAUCCUCAGCUUGUCAGGAAUACCAACCUCCUGCUACAGGACAAAUCUCUGGCGCAGGAAUUAUUAACACAAUCGACAAUGAUAAAUUCAUUUUUAAUGAACCCGGAGUAUUUAACUUCCUCUACAUACCAAAAACUAUACGUACACCAGAAGUACGCAUACAAGUACGCAUGGAACGAUAUCCAAACAGAAAGGUCGAUUUCGGCUUGUUGGGACGUUACAUCUCACAGGCGGAACUCGUGCAGCCUACAAAUGCUACGGUAGUUACGGGAGUUCUGGUCUACGUGAAUAACGUUGAAAGAGGUCAACCAGAGAUUUAUGUGGUACUGGAAGAGGCACAAAUUGGUAUUCGAGUUCGGGAAAGCUAUGCCCUGGACAUUGAUCGCCUACCUAUGUAUCAAGAAAGUAUGGGAAUGUUGGAUAUUCAACUAUCGGUUCCUCCACAGUACGGAGUGCGCCCCGAUGGGGACAAAACUCGCGAGACCGAGCAACAUAGAAUAGUUGGCUCUGGUGAAUCAGGAUCGGAACAGCAACCUGCGGGUACAUUAGCCCAAGGAUUGCCCUCUGACAAUAUGUUUAUCACGAGCAAAGACGAGGACAAGCAAUACGAUGUGUUUCCAGAAGCAAAUCUUCGAGCUGGACCUAUCUAUAAGAUGGCACCUCAGUAUGAGACUCAAGCAAAUCUUCAAUAUGGGCUAGCUCAUUGCCCUGAUGAUGCCGCUUCGAUUAUCAGUGAUUGCGGCGACAGCGUCCCAUGUUUGUACAAUUACGCUUUGCUACAAUCGAAGGUAUUAGCCUUCGAAGAACAAGACACUUGGAAUAGUUUCAUUACGGAAAGAGUGGAUGCUGUGAGGCAAUAUAACAGCUGCGGAGCGAUUAAUAUUGAGUAUCCGGAGUACAUGAUGAAGACUCCAGCACUUGCAUCAGGAUAUCUACAGGGAGACGUAGCCCGGUUUGAUUGUUAUCAAUCUCAUUGGAUCAAAGGAGAUCAUGAAUAUAAAUGUGGGAUUGUUGUGGAUUACAACAAUCCAAAUUCCUAUCGUUUUGAAUGGAAUAAAGGCUCACAACCAUGGUGCCGUUCUCGAGUAAAAGAAAAUUAUUUCAAAUGGAUUACUGUAAUAUUUAGUACUGUAGCUAUAAUCCUUGUAAGUUCAAGCUAUUAUGGUGGUGUUCCUUUUUUGUUGGUGUGUGAAACAGCGAAAAAUUCAGGAGCAACGGCAGUAUAA